CUGACAGUAUCGAGUCUUGUGUACACAUAUUCCUCUUUAGAUACACUAUUCAUGUCAAUAUAUAAUCUUCGUGGUCAUAAAAAAUCAAACAUCUCUUUUCACCUUCCUUGAUUGUCUAGGGACGAGCCAUGAGUGACGAGAUUAACCUUAGCUUCCGGUUCAGUCCGGAUACAUUUUACACUGCCUAUGACGAGCUUCAUUCGCCAGCAGUCGAAGCACACACUCAGACCUGGACGCACGGUGUCGCUCAAUGUGUAGUGCAACUCUAUAGGAAUGCUUGUUUGUAUUGUUGAGAUUAUCAAGGCUAUGAAGACGUGUACGAUGUUUCAAAUUAUUGUGAUUAUGAUGCUGCUGGAUAUUAUGCUGUCACACUGUUUCUCUGUGUGUGGCCCGAACCAGUUUUUCGACGUGGACUCUCACAUGUGUGACUUCUGUGAUGUGAUCUGUGACCACCCAGAACUACAGGAUACACUCGUCAAGUGUCAGACAUACUGUCCAGCUUUCUUACCAACGUCGAAACCUACCACAACAUCGGUUACUGGGACACCGUCCCGCGUCGUCGAUACGUCUACCUCAGCACCUUUGCCAGAAGGACACCUUCCCACCUCACACGUUGUCCUGAUAGCACUAGGCUCCAUGAUAGUGUUGGUCGCUGCUCUAGGGAUACUGGGCAUCUUAUUUGGAGACAGGCUGUACAAGAUGGUGCAAGCAGUACUGCCCCGCAAGGACGUCGACGGUGAACCUGUGAAGUAUCCUAUACAGGAAGUUGGCGCUUGGAACCAUAACACCACAAACACAGUUCCAGUUCCCACGGAUCUGCUUAUUCCAACUGUUACCGUGGCUGACUAAUGAAAUAUACCCUUGUCAGGAAGAUAC